UUUGAAGAAAUUUUGUGAGCCACGUUUGUUUGGACUCCGUUUAAAUGAAUCAAUCAUUUAAAAUACUUAACUUCUUAAAUAAACAAUUGCAAAAUAAACGUUUUAUAAACUGUCUGGGAUCAAUGGCUUGCAGUCGUUAUGAAUAUGUUAAAAGUUACGAAAAGGAGGACGGUAUUUUACCAAAUGUUUGGAUUGUGGUGCGAGUUGAUGGCAAGGGAUUUCACAAAUUCUCCAAAGUACAUGACUUUGAAAAGCCAAAUGAUGAAAAGGCUCUCAAUCUUAUGAAUAAUGCCGCCCAAACAGUGAUGGAAGAGUUUAGAGAUAUUGUUCUCUCCUAUGGCCAAAGUGAUGAGUAUUCAUUCAUUUUUCGCAAGGAGACAAAUGUUUUCAAUAGAAGAUCAGCCAAGCUUUUGUCGUAUGUCACCAGUUUGUUUACAUCCUCGUAUGUCAUGAAUUGGCCCAACUGGAUGGGUGACAAGAAGUUACAAUAUCCCCCCUGCUUUGAUGGACGUGUGGUCCUAUACCCCUCCGACCAAAAUCUAAGAGACUAUCUAAGCUGGCGACAAGCAGAUGUGCACAUUAAUAAUCUGUACAAUACUGCGUUUUGGAAUUUAGUACUACAAGCGGGACUAACAAAUCAAGAGGCCGAAGCAGAAUUAAGAGGAACUUUUUCGGCAGAUAAGAAUGAGUUGCUAUUUGCUAGAUUUGGCAUUAACUAUAACAGUCUGCCUGCCAUGUUUCGCAAAGGAACAAUAUUACUGCGCAAAAGAGUUCAAGUUACCGAUAGCAAACGACAACUGAUUGUGCCCAUAUAUGACGACUUGAUAAGAGAUAAAUUUUGGAAAACUCAUCCCGAAUUAUUGGGCAAAUAUACGCCAGGAGAAUAUGACAAUGAAAGUGCACAAAAUGACAUGCUGCCCGAGUUGUUAACUAGACAAAUGGGAAAAGUUCAGAUAGAAUUAGAAAGUCGAUAGUAUUGCGACUAAAAUAAUGCUAGGAAUAUAAUGAAUAGUUUUUAAGAAACAGUGAAAUAAUAUUUGUUUUAUUUCUGGUUUAUGUGGAGUUCCAAUUCUGCUAUUAUGAACACAAAAUAUUGAUAAGAAGUAACUGCAUGACGGUUCAAGGGAGCCUUCUUAGGGAUUGGCCAUAUAUUGGUUUUAGAAAUGUGCCUAUUAAACAUGCCUGUGCAGAGAGCCUUAUUUAAUCUGUAAGAAUAUCAUAUCUUAUAAGUAAAGGACAGUGUGUUUUUUUGAUUGUUCCAUAUGUGAUUGAAGGUGGCUGAACCGAUUUUGUUUUCAUUUUAAAGGAAAGUGUAGGAUGGUCUGAAAGGAAUAAGCCACAUAAUUUUUAAUAUCGAAAGUU